AUGGAGCAGACACAGUCGGAAGCGAAGAGGGCGAGGCCCUGUCCCUCUUCUCCGCCAUCCCAGGCCGCCGAGGCCGAGGAGGACCGGCUUAGCGCGCUCGACAACGCCACCCUCCACGCCAUCCUCGCCCGCCUCCCGCUCCGCGACGCCACGGCAACCACCGUCCUCUCACGCCGCUGGCCCCGCGUCUUCGCCACGCUCCCCCGCCUACGCGUCGAAUGCGGCACCUUCAACCGCCGCGGCUACCUCGACGACGACCACUGCGAGGACAGCGACCGCUGGCUCGACGCACUCGACUGCGUCCUAGCCAGCUGCGCGGCCCCGGUGUCCGCCUUCGAUAUCAGAACCAAGCUGUUGUGCGAGGAGGCCCGGUGGUUCGGCGACCUCUUCUCCGAGAUCUGCGGGAGCGGCGGCCUCCGGGAGCUCUGCAUCAUGAACAGCAGCCUAAUCGACUGCUACAAGGUACCUUCGCCGGUGUACAACUGUCAGACGCUCACCUCGCUAGAGCUAUACUGCUGCCACCUCCGGGUGCCGGGCAAUCUCACCGGCCUGCGCGCCGUGCGAUCGCUCCAUCUCGGUGAUGUGGUUGCCACGGAUGCCGAUAUACGGCGGAUGAUCUCACGGUGCCAGGCCAUGGAGCGGCUGGUGCUAAACGACAUUCGCAAGGCGUGGAACAUCGUUAUACGCGCCCCGAGCCUCGAGAUGCUGAAGGCGCCACGUCUGGAGUCCGUCAAGCUGGGCAUCUUCUACGGGAGCGCCCACGACAGCGAGGACACCGACGGUGAUGACUUAAUGUCGGAGACCUAUGAGAUAUUUAAUUUCGGGGAGAUGGAGGAGAGGGAGCACCAGCAGAUGGACGAGAUAGGGAACUUGCUGACAUUUCUCGGUGGAGUCGGCAGAUCCAAAUCCAAGAUGCUAUCAUUGAAGUUGAAGCGUGGAUAUUGCAAGGUCACUGUCUUGGGAAAGACCAAAAAUUCAGUGCCAAUGAUGUUGCCCAAGAAAGACUAUUUGCUUGGGUUGCAGAAGCUUACUCUUACAAUGGAUCACAACCAUGAAACUGUUGCCACACUGGAUCCUUAUGAUAUGAAGGUUCUUGAAAGAAUGAGCCUCAAGUAUCGUAGGUGGGUCUACGUGCAGCGUGACGAGUCGGAGCAUAAAGCCAUGUAUGAUGAGUUCGAGCAGCAUGAAGCUUUGCUUGAAGCAAAGAGACAUGAACUACAUGAAGCCAUGGUUGAAACAGUGCAAAGCUACCUGCGGCACAGCAGGUGUCAGAUGCUUAUGUUCGUGAUUCAGUCCAAGACUUCUUCAGCUACCUAUUAG